UCCUCAUGAUCAGUGCACCCCAAGCUGUCACUGCGGUCGGCAGGUUUCACUUCCACCCUCGGCACCGUCGAAUGCACGCGCACGUCCGUGUAUUUGUUUACAAGCUCGCGUGUUCCCGCGUUCGUAUCGCUUGAUUCGUCGUCGCGACAGAUAUAAUGAUUAAAGAAAGAGAAACGUUCAGUCUCCAAUCCGAAACGUAAUCUAGACGUUUUCAAAGCUUUCCGAUCGAAAUUGGAAAAUUGUACAGCGCAAUUAUCAUUUUCUGUCGUUAGAUCGAGGCUCGUACACCAAUGCGAAGAUGUGUAAGGAACUUUGAUUUGACCAAACAAGCUCGACAAGUGUCGUUGUGGCCGUGGCCGUGAAGGUUCUUACUACGGGGAAGGAACCAGUUACACAGGAUGAGGCGGAAAUCCGAGAACGCAGCUCUUUGUCUCCUUCUACUGUCCAUCGCUUCGUCGAGCUACGUCGUCCCCGUGGCCGGGUAUAAGCACUCGAGGCGACACCGGGACUUUACCGUGGCCGAGAGCUACGAUGCGUCAUCGUCCAACGGUGACGGCCUCUCGAUGACGAUACCGUCGCCACCGCCGCAGAUCGAUCGAUCCUCCCUUCCCGAAAACCAAUACGAAGGUUCGCGAACGAUCGAUCUCUGCGCGACGAAAUAUUGCGGAGUCGGCAAGGAAUGCGAACUAUCGACGAACAACACGACCGCUCUCUGCGUAUGCAUACGAAAAUGCCCGCGGAGGCAUCGACCGGUCUGCGCGAGCAACGGCAAGAUCUACGCGAAUCAUUGCGAGCUGCACAAAGCUGCCUGCCAUCAGGGAUUGUCCUUGACCAGGAGCAGGCUCAUGCGAUGCUUGCACCAGGACAUCGAGAACGCGCACAUCCGAAGAACUCUGCACGUGAACAGAACAGCGUCUAGGAUGAGCAAACUCGUCUCUUAUCCGAAAUCCCGGAACCGAAAGAAGGACGGGUUGAGAGAUAACUUGAUACCGGAGAAGAACGAUUCCUACUCGAAGGAGUGCUCGAGUCAGGAGUACGAAAUAAUGAAGGAUAAUCUGCUGCUGUACAACCACGCGAGAUUGAUGUCCCAGGACAACCACAACAAGGAUUACCUCGUCACUAUAAUGUUUUCUCAUUAUGACAGGAAUAAUAAUGGUAAUCUUGAACGCGAGGAAUUGGAACAGUUUGCGGAGAACGAGGAUUUGGAAGAGUUGUGCAGGGGAUGCAAUCUGGGACACAUGAUCAGUUACGACGACACGGACGGCGAUGGGAAAUUAAACGUGAAUGAAUUUUACAUGGCGUUCAGUAAACUCUACAGUGUCUCGGUGGUGUCCCUCGACAAAUCCCUCGAGGUGAACCAUAUUUCCGCGCGAGUGGGCGAUAACGUGGAAAUUAAGUGCGACGUCACGGGCACACCGCCGCCUCCGCUGGUAUGGCAACGUAACGAGGCCAAUUUGGAGACUUUAAACGAGCCCGAGAUUCGAGUAUUCAACGACGGCAGUCUGUACCUGACGAAAGUCCAGCUGAUACACGCUGGGAAUUACACUUGCCACGCGGUCAGGAAUCAAGACGUCGUUCAGACCCACGUGCUCACCGUUCACACUAUACCUGAGGUAAAAGUGACGCCGCGAUUCCAAGCGAAACGAUUGAAGGAAGAGGCGAUUAUACGGUGUCACGUCGCUGGUGAGCCUCUGCCGACGGUUCAGUGGUUGAAGAACGACAAACCCCUGAGCCACGAACUACCGGACAAGUACGACCUCGUCGGGAACGGUACUAAGCUGAUCAUCAGGAACGUUGAUUACGCCGACACCGGGGCCUACAUGUGUCAGGCCAGCAGCGUCGGCGGUGUCACCCGGGACAUCAGCAGCUUAGUGGUCCAAGAGCAACCGACCCCGACGGCCGAGAACGAGGAGAGGAGGUUCUUCUCUUUUCACGAAUGGGGCAUUUUAGUGUACGAACCCUCUGCUUGCCGGCCGCGGCACGAAAUCCGCUCUACGGACGUUAUACCCGGUACCCAGGAAUACGUGUGCGGGGUGGCGGGCGUUCCUUGCUCGUGGGGACGCGCGAUCAACGUGGCGAAUCGAUACGUAUACGUCACUCAACCGGACAAAGACCGGGUGCUGGUGAUCAGCGAGAUACAGAUGGUCAUAGUCGACGUCGUGCCGACGGACAGAAACCCGGUUCAACUGUGGUACGUGGCAUCUCUGGAUCAAGUAUGGAUAUUGAACUGGCGAAACGAGGAAGACAUCGACGUGAAGACGGUACAAGUGAUCGAAGACGCGUCUCAGAAGAAGAAGCACAGGGCCAUCCGGCCGGAACCGAUCGAUGCUCAAUUCGACAUCAUUCAAAACAUCUACAUUCCCGAACCGCAAGAUAUCGAUGGUACCUUCAAAUACGGUUACGUGAGCCACAGGAACCAACGUAACAUGUACAAGCUCGAUCUGAAGAACAUGAAAUAUACACGGAGCGCUGAUUUAAGCUCUUAUAAUUGCGUGCCGGUGAACGUUCAGUUCUCGGUUCUAUACGGGUUCGUAGUGAUCGAGUGCCAGGAACCGCUUACCAAUCAGCCGACGGGACAAUUGCUGCUGGAUUAUUUGACCGACACCGUUCUCGCUCACAAAGCGAACCUUUUAGGGAAACCGACCAUUUCGCCCGAUUCUCGACACCUCGUCACUUUGGACAAGAAGGACACGGGCGUCACUUUAGUCGUGCAGGAAAUAUUACCCGAUGGUUUGAAAUUCGCGUUCGACGUGAAAACGACUUUGAACAUCAGCGAUAUCGCGCUCUAUCCAUCGCAAACGACGCACGGCUACGAUAUAUACGCAUCGUCGAUCGACAAAGAGAACAUUCUGUUCCUCGAUCUCUCCACUGGCAAAGUGGAGAUGAUAACAGGAGUGGGCAAAGCGACACCACCCAAUCUGACCAAGUGGGGAAACCCGAACAGACCAAUUGUACAGAGUGGCAUGUUUGGCAAAUACAUGGUCAGCCCGUCUAACGAUGCGCUGUUCGUCUUGAACGGGGAGACCCGGACGAUAAAUUGCGAGAUCGGCGGCCUAGUACAUCCCGGAGCGGUGGUAUGGUUCACAGUGUCUUUGAAUUGAGCAAUCGAAACGGUAACAACGAUGCGAAGUGCGUCUAGAUUAAAAGUACCCGUGAACUGCGUGGAACAAGUAUCAUGUACAUCUCACCGUUUGAAAGGGUAGAGGAACCGUAGUCCUUCUUUUAUAUUAGUGAAAAGUACGAACGAAGUUUCGAGAAAUAUAUUCUAACACCGACAUUACGUACCAUUACCCGUGGUUAUCGUUGAAGUAUUUCAAAUGUUUUCGGGACACCGCUCUUCGAUAAGUAUUAACAGCGUAUUUUUGACACCGUCGUGCGAAUAAAACCGUUUUUGAUCGUUAAAAUGCGAACAUUUAUCGUGAAACAUUUAUCAAUAAGAUUUUUAAUGUACAUACCAAAGAUCGUCUUUUACAUACAUAUUUAACGUACCUAAUCGUUAUCCUAUCGGUGGCCUUAGUUCUCCUCAAUUUUGCAUAUCUCCAUCUUUGUACUUAUAUAUAUAUAUAUUUCUCUCUUUCAAAUAAAUUUUCCAUGGCUAUAAAGAUACUCACUUGGAGAUAGUGAUUAGAACGUUCAUCGUUUCCCGAUGAGAGCCGUGAAUCAUUAAAAUUGAAAUAUCACGAGAACUCGAGUACGUACGUAGUUGAACAAUUCAAAACAUUGACUUCUUCCUUUAUUUCCAACAAUAUAUUUAAAUUUCUUUUUAAUGUCGAGAGUCAAUGACAUAUUAUAGCCGAAAGUUCGUCAACUUGUAUAUGCUAGCUAAUUGUUAAUUAGAAAACGGAGGGACAGCCACGAAGUUACGUGUGUGCUGAGCAGAACAUAAAAUAUAAUACAAUUGUAAUCACUUUUAGCCGACAAAAGUCCUCUUGUUUUGACGGAAGAUAUUGAGACAGUUUGUUUUCACGACAAUUUCCACGGUGAACUUAUACGGCGAAGGUAUCUAUGAUACAAUAAUAGGCCCACGUGUAGCACGCUAACAACAGAUAUGAAGAUUAUGUAUUAUAACGCGUGCGUGUGUUUCGUGUACGCCUGUGGAUACGAGCGCGACGUAACGAGUAAAAUGAACGUCUUGUAAUAAAAUUACAACAGAACUAAUUUAAUAAAUAAUCUGCAAAUACAACGUUUCGCAUUGGUACACAAUGUAGAUGCAGAUCAGAAAACAUCGUUUAGCAGUCUUGUAUCGAUUCGAGUAAAAAGGAAACAAUGCAUAGAUUACGCUCCGUUAUCAACGAUCGUAACUCUUAAGUGUCUUCUAGUCGUAACGCUCGCCAUUAUUCACUAAUAAAUUACGUCUGUUCAAAA